UCUGUUCCUGCAGUCGGUCGAGCCUUUCCCAUCCUAGUCGUGGCCGUCUCAUCGCACAACAAUGACAAUACAUCGAAUUUAGCAAUAACAAUAAUUUUAAAUGCAAUGUGCGUCGCGACGUAGCCGCCGCUGCCGCCUUCGCCGGUUCAGUGUCGCAUUCUCGUCUCUUCAACUCGAUGGCCGCCGAAAGGGAGCGGAAGACGGCGGUCCGUGUCGGCUUCUACGACAUCGAGAGGACCAUCGGCAAGGGCAACUUCGCCGUCGUCAAGUUGGCCAAGCAUCGCAUCACCAAGACGGAGGUAGCUAUAAAAAUCAUCGAUAAGAGUCAAUUGGACGCCGGAAAUUUGCAAAAAGUGUACCGCGAGGUGGACAUCAUGAAGCGUCUGGACCACCCUCACAUCAUCAAACUGUACCAGGUGAUGGAAACGAAGAAUAUGAUCUAUCUCGUGUCGGAAUACGCAAGCCAGGGUGAAAUAUUCGAUUACAUCGCGAGGUACGGUAGGAUGACCGAGGACCAAGCCAGGACGAAAUUCUGGCAGAUCCUGUCGGCCGUCGAGUAUUGCCACAACCGGAACAUUGUGCAUAGAGAUUUAAAGGCUGAAAAUCUUCUCUUAGAUUCCAACAACAAUAUAAAGAUCGCCGAUUUCGGCUUUUCGAAUUACUAUACAACCGGAGGGGUGUUAUCGACGUGGUGCGGAUCGCCACCUUACGCCGCCCCCGAAGUUUUUGAAGGAAAAAAAUACACCGGUCCCGAGAUCGACAUAUGGAGCCUGGGUGUAGUACUUUAUGUCCUCGUUUGUGGAGCUUUACCGUUCGACGGAUGCUCGUUGCCAGCCCUCCGCGAUCGUGUUUUGUCUGGUAGAUUUAGGAUUCCGUAUUUUAUGAGUUCUGACUGUGAAUCUCUCAUCCGAAAAAUGCUAGUGUUAGAACCCAACAAACGCUAUAGCAUAUCUCAGAUAAAAAAGCACCGAUGGAUGCAAAUGGCGAUUCCUCCCAGCCUCCCGCCUUUGAUUCCCGCCUCUCCAACACAACCAAACGAACAAAUCCUUCGCCUGAUGCAAAGUCUGGGGAUCGAUAGUUCGAAAACUCGAGAGUCAAUACGUAUCGGAAGUUACGAUCAUCACGCAGCGAUUUAUUUCCUUUUGCUCGACAAAUUACGCCAUCAGCUAGUAGGGGGCGAGAAUCAGACAGGUGUGCGAGAGGUCCAAAGACGUCGGCCUUCGAAUAUCGCUGAACAGGCGAUGAGGAAGAUCGGGAGGGCCAGCACGAGCGAAGACUGUAGAAGGUUACUCCAACAUUCGACAACGGCACCGACAGCUAGUAACAGUAAAAUAAAUGCAGGUACGCGAACUUGCGAUUCGCCCCCUAUUCACGGAAUAGACGCGGCUAAGUUGCUAGCCGCCACCAAUAGCGAGGAUGCGCUCAAAAUACUGAAUCAGGCUGCCACCACCACCUUCAGCAUGUCGACGGAAGCGACCAAACUCAUGUCCACGUUGCAAAUGUCGGCGAUACCAACGGCCUCCACCGAAACCAGUUUCAACCAUCAGCACUACCCAUAUGGGCAUGGGCCGCAGCACGUCGACGUACCAGACACCAAAGGCUCCCUGGGACGCUUCUGCACGAGUGGUUACCGCAGCGGCGAGAUCCAGACCCAAUACUCGAGCUCGACGGACGAAGGCGUCGAGACCGACCUCGAAGACCACACUCCUAGGUUAAGCUACGCAUCGUCAAGUUCCUCAAGCGGUGUAGUGACAAACUUCAAUACAUCGAAAAGCCUCAGCCAAAAUUUAAGUUGUGAUAGUAACUUCGAAAGUCUGGAGUAUCCAUUAUCGGAAUCCAGCGAACUCGCCAGCAGUCUCCCCAGCUGCACCACCAUGGGCAAGCCCGACCCCAUCACGACUCAUACGAGCUACACCCUCGCCCCGCGCCCCAUCCUCCACAAACACAAUCCGCUCGUCCAUAUGUCGAGCUUCAAAACCGCGAGGGGGCUCAAUCGAUCCCCCGUCGACUUCCGCGAAGGUCGCCGAGCCAGCGACGGUCUCGUCGCCCAACAAGUGACCGACACCACGGGAGUUGUAGCCUUCAAUUCUCAAAAAUUGAAUGAAAACUGCAAAGCUAAGGGGGUUCUCGAGCUCCACUUGGUCCAACGCGAAGCUCAACGCCUUCAAAGUCAAUACCAAGCUCGCGAGCCUCCCGAAGAAGUCUCUCAGAGACAAAAACAACACACGCAGUACCUCCAACCCAGAGCUAACAAACGGGUCAGCCUCCCUGAUAACUUCAGCUAUAAUACCCCCGCGGAACCUCUCCAAACAGCUAUGCAACAUCGACUCUUGCAACAGAAACGCCAAAUUUUGCAAAAACAGUGCGCCAUGUCGACUCACCAGCCCCCCAAUGCCAGCGUGGAGGCCGGGGGGCCUUUGGCAAGGAGACAGAUGUUAAGACAAGCGAGUUACAAAAUUGCCCAACAGCAGCAAGUGCUGCCACCACUGCCGCUAAGCGAGACGGAAAGCAAAGAUCUAAUGGCGUUUCAAGCACUUGUAGAGAAUUCGGGAGAGGCGUGGAGUACUCUCCCGGGGAAUAUGAGCUCUUGCCAAAUUUCGGACGGGGGGGCGCAGGCUACACCCAGCUGGCAAAACACAGCCCCCUGGACUCAGGGACCUGCUUUCCCUGCCAACCCAUGGCCACCAUUAUUACCUCUGAGCGAAAGUCCCAUACUCGAACUUACCGAACAAAUGGAAUCGAUGUGAAGAGAUUCUUAGUAUUUUGUAAAUUAUUUAUUCGUUUUUUAUAACUCAGGUGACGAUGACCAUGUCAAUUCGUUGCACUGGCCACGAUUCUAGUCAUUUAUUUAAAAAAAAUUGACAUUCCAAGUGAAGAACGAGGUAGUGAAUAAUAAUCAAAGUUAGAAUUGUGCGUAGAAAGUUAUGUAGGAGAACGAACAACAAUCAAAUAAUCAAAAAAUCAGACUGUAAUAAUAAGAUAAUAAAACAAAAACUGUCACGUAGCUCUUAGAAAUGGAAUUUAUAUAAACGAGCUCACAUUUGUGUGUUGUGGUGUUUUUCUGAACAUCCUGGUAUCACAUAUCACGCAUUAUAUCACUGGAAAAAAUCGUAUACAGGAUGAUCAGUCUAACGUCUUUUUUAUUUAGAAUGAAUCAUAGUUAGCUUUGAAAAAGCCGUUAAGUAGAAAGCAGCAAUAAUAUAUUUGUAUAUUUGUAAACGUGCCUGGUUUCGGUUUGAAUGUUGCUUUUGUUAUUUGUUUAUAUUAAACUCAGUAUUAUUAAAA